AUGGAGGGAAGCAUUUGGUGACCUCAACUCUACCUGCACAUUACCUCAGGGACUUCCUUCGAGUGUUGCUGUCAGUGUAUCGCUGUUUGCCUGACAGCGGGGCUGGUAGCUCGUGGGCUUAUAACCUAUUCGAUCAACUCUACUACGUCAGCGAUGUAGUUAUAGCCAAGAGUGAUGAAUGCAUUUCAACAUACCUAUUCGAUCAACUCUACUACGUCAGCGAUGUAGUUAUAGCCAAGAGUGAUGAAUAGGAAGCUAACAAUAAGAGACCCGCGCGCCCCAAGUCCACAGCCAGCGAGCCUGGGGCUGAGCCAAUGGCCCAGGCUCGCUCCGCGCGCCUAAGUCCCAGGCUCGCUUCGCGCGCCUAAGUCCUGGGCCGGGGCGCCCGGCUCACUCCGCGCGCCUAAGUCCGCGCCCGGUUCGCUCCGCGCGCCUAAGUCCUGAGCCGAGCGGAGAGUGGAUUCCUCACAGCUUGGACUCCUGUAUCGCACUGGCAGACCUUGCUGUCAAAGAUCGCGUUCAAGGCACUCGACACGGUCCGACAUGUCCAUCCUUGCACCCCUGCAUUCACUCGUCCUCACUACCGUGGUAGAGGGGAAGAGCGAAAGAUUUGCUCGUGGUCGCGGAUCGACUAUAUUCUUGUCCAAUGCAGUUGGGCGAACCGGUUGUUGAGCGCUUCUACGCUCUUCGAUGCGCCCUGUUCGGACCACAGACCUGUAGUUGCGACUUUCGCUUUGCCUACAUCGAACGCUGAUGCCGAACCCCCCCUUUCUCUUCCCUCCACGAGCGAUUUCAUUUCGAGGCUCAACCCAAUGGUCUUUGACGAUCAAGACUUUGUCGCAUCGAUUCCCGGGGUCGUCGACGAGGUCUAUCGAAGGCUCGAGGGGACCGCUCCGCUCGGCGACGUCUAUGACGCCGCUCUGCGGGCGGUUGCAGUCGCUGGCCAUGCACGAUACCGCUCGACUCGUGCCGACAUGCGCCGACUGCGGGCCGAGAGCCAAUCCGUCAUGGAGGCUUUGGAGGCACGCGGUGAGCACAUGAAUGAGGCCGAGCGCGAUGCGUAUGCUCUUGCCAAGUCGCGGUUGGACCAGUUGGCGGUAAAGGAGGCUCAGUGGCUGCGCAUUCGUGCGCAUGUGCCGUCAGUCGACUCGAGGGAAGGUCAAUCGGCAAGCAUUCGCACGCGCCUCAACCGCCGGAGUCGCCAGACGAGCAUCGUCUCGCUGGAGGAUGUGGAUGGCACCGAGACCGUUGACAUGCAGGAGGCGCUGGGUAUUGCUUCACGGCACGCGCAGUCGCUCUUCACGCCGGACCCAGCUCGUGGCGACCCGACGAACGCACGCCGGUCCCUGCUCGACCCUAUUCGCGCAGCGAAAUGCUACGAUGACGACCGCUCGGACCCUACGUUCGGUCGUCGGCUGCCUCGUCAAGCGAGAGUGGCGCUUGACGAGCCCUUCACCCUCCUCGAGGUUGAAGCGGCGUUGAAGAAGACGGAUUCGGGGCGAUCACCGGGGCCCUCGGGCAUUCCGUACGAGCUCUUCAAGGCGCUGCCAACCUACUUUGCUCCCAAGCUGUUGGACUUGUUCAACUCGAUUUGGGAGGGCGGCAAAAUGACGGCGUCCUUGGCAGAGGGGCUGGUGCGGCUCUUGCCCAAGAAUAAACCGGGGGCCAAUCUGAAAUCACUGGGGGCAUACCGACCGAUCACAUUGCGCGAGACGACCUACAAGGUCCUCAGCAAGGUCUUGGUGGCGCGACUCAAUGGGGUGCUCGGCGAGCUUUUACCGCCGGCGCAACACGGUUUCAUGCCAUCAAGACGUUCAGCGGACGCGGGAAGUCAUCUCACUCUCCUUCUCGAAAAACUCAAGUCGCUAGGCACUGAUGUUUUCCCCGAGGGCGCCCUCUUGUCUUUGGAUCAGCAGAGCGCGUACGAUCGGGUCGAUCACGCCUGGAUCUUCGAGGUCUUUGAGGCCUUUGGGUUCGGUGAGCGUUUCAUCUCGCUGCUGCGCGCUCUCUACGAUCCCGAGACUCUGGGGGUGCGCUACCUUGUCAAUGGGUUCCCCACGGACUUGGUGCGGUUGCUGUGUGGUCUCGGUCAAGGGGAUCCCCUCUCGUGCCCGGUUUGGAACAUCACGUUCCAGCCCUUCCUCGACGCCCUCGUUCGGCGCGGGAUCGCGCUCGACCUGCAGAAGGUGUGGCCAGGGGGGCCGCGUGCGCAGCUUACGCAUCUGGCGUUUGCCGACGAUGCUGUGGUGGUGGUGGAGUCACCGGCGGCAUUGUCGAAGCUGCAAACGCUGUUGCAGACGUGGUACGAGGCUACCAACGGGAAGACCAACACGGACAAGACGCUGGUGCUACCACUCGGACCGAACUGGCUUCGGGACGAGACUGCGCAGGCGCUGCCAACGGUGCAGGAGGGGGAGAGCUUCAAGUGGUGCGGUUAUGCCUUCUUUCGCCACGGUGACUCGAAACUGUUUUGGACCCAUGUUCUUGACAGGAUCAAGGCCAAGACCCGCGCCGCUCGAGACCGGACACUUUCGCCGAGUGGGAAGGUUUUCUAUGCCAACGCUCACAUCAUCUCGACGGUCCUCCACGUGCUGUCCUUCGACAUACCGCCUCAAUGGUUCAUUAAGGCGGCGGAGACGGCACUUACGGACUUUGUCUGGGGAGGAGCAGGGCGAAAUACCGUCGCUCGCGAUUUCGUGUUCCAGGCUCGGGAGGACGGUGGCUUGGGUUUGAUUUCGAUUGGCGACAUCGUUCAUUCGGUGGCGCUUCGAUUUUGGGAUGCUGUGGCGGGCUCGGACGAGGCGAUCUGGGCGCCCCUAGCUCGCGAGAGCUGGAGGUGCCUCGUCGCUGCGACCCGCGAUUUCAGUCCGUGGAGGUUCUUCAGCAGCACGGCUCGGGUCGAGAAGCUGUAUCGCGACUCGACACGCUGGGGGGCAGUCGUUGCAGCGGCCAGGGUCACAGUUCCAACCAUCAAGUCCGAACUCCUUACGCUUCCCGAAUUGCUCUCGCUUCCGCCUCGCCUCCCUUCACUCUAUGCUGAAGGUGCCCAGCACGCAUAUGACGAUGCGGACGCGGUGGCGAAGUUUGCGCAGAUCGCGGACCUGUACUGGAGGGACGAAGGGAAGGGAUGGGCUCUGGUUGGUCAUCGACGCGGGUUCUGGCAGCACUCUAAGGAAUCCGCCCUACAGCACGAGCACGUGUGGUCGCGCGUGGGUCAGUUGCUCAAGGCGAAAGCGUUGCUGCCCAAGACCGCGUUGCGACCUGCUCGGAUACCUCUCAAGGAGGCUCCCCGUCCUCGGUGCUUCAACUUCUUUGGGCUCUCCCGACCUUUUACGAUUCGCAAGCUUCGUCGGCUUGUGAACAAGGUGCGGUUCCCAGGGAGGGAGGACCGUGUCAAGCGUUUCCCUGAUGGGACUUCUCAGAGCGAUAGGAAGCGCUUCUGGAGAUGGCUUCGUGACCGGUUCGCGUCUGCUGUCGAGCAGGACACCCACUGGCGGCUCAUGUACGACGUGACGCCGACGCGCAAGAGGCAGCAUACUCAGGGUCAUGCCUCUUCGCCGACGUGUCUGUUCUGUGGCAACGAUGCAGCGGUCAUCGAGACGGUGUCCCACUACUUUUUCGAGUGCGCGUACUCGACCAGCUUCUGGGGUGGGGUGCUACGCAUUCUGCUUGACAAGCUCGGCAUCGAGGAUACCGACGUCGAUCCGUCGACGUUCACUCCGGAGCAGCUGACUAUGGGGCUCCCCCUUUUGCGGGGUCGUGGGAGAACGACCUCGAAAUGGAUGUGGGUUCGGCUGGCCUGCGCGAUCGGCUUCCAGCGGCUGCACCUGCUCCGCUGGCGCGUUCAUCAGCGGUUCGAGCUGGACAAAGUCAUGGCCUCUCCCUCGCUUCCCAGUGCGCUCAGAGCGUUCGAGCGAGAUUUUCUCUCUCGAGCGGGCUUUGUGCCUGGGGCUCGAGAUUGGGAGGUGUGAUGACCGAGUUAAGUCCUUCCUUCCCAUUUUCCUCCCCUGCUCUCUCUCCCCUCCUUUCCUCCCUUCCUUUUCGGAGGUCGACUUUUCUUUCAGAAGCUGACUGUCUUGAAACUUGUUGUGCAGUGGAAGGCUGCGCACCUCUCCCUUGUGAGGAAUCCACUCUCCGCUCGGCUCAGGACUUAGGCGCGCGGAGCGAACCGGGCGCGGACUUAGGCGCGCGGAGUGAGCCGGGCGCCCCGGCCCAGGACUUAGGCGCGCGAAGCGAGCCUGGGACUUAG